CUCUUAAGAGCUCAGAGGUGGGGUUUACGUUCUACCUUUAGCUCACUUUCACCAAGGACAGGUACAUCGUCCCCCGCACUUUGACUCGUCUCAUUAUCCGCAAAAAUCAGCGGGUCGCAGUUCAAACGUGCGGUGGUUGAUUACUGGUGCGUCUUCUUCGCCGAAAGCGCAACGGCGAGCGUCCAUUUUGCAGGCGAUGGCAGAUCGCCCGGGAGCGCCGAGCUCCGCGACCGGCAUCCCCUUUACACCUCUGUGCAACCGCAUGCUCGAUAGCAGCGGCGCUUCAUCGAUGACCAUUCCAGAUGGACUCCCAAGUUUGAGAAGCAAUGGAGUGAAUGAUAUCAGUAGCGGAAACAGCACACGAAAGCAAGGCUAUGGCCGCGGCUACGAAGAUGACGACGAGGGAGAAGGCGAGGACAUUGAGCUGAAUCGGCUCUUACCCGAGCGUAGCCGGAGCCGGCUUUCACUCGACACCAUCGAGGGAGGCUAUGGUCGCUCCCCACGGACGCUGGACGAGGGUAAAAGUGGAUUUGCUACUGAUGACGAUGACGACAGCGAUGAUCCAAUGAUCCUCGUGUCCAAAGCGGUACCCGAAACGGACGAUCCGACACUUCCGGCGCUUACUGUCCGCGUCAUCUUGAUCGGAAGUGUGCUCUGCGUGGUGGGAGCUGCGAUCAGCCAGCUGUUCUUCUACAAAUCCAAUUCGCCAUCAUUUUCGGCGUACUUCGUCAUUCUCAUCUCUCUUCCGAUCGGGAGAUGGCUCGCCAAGGUGAUGCCUGCAUGGAGGGUCAUCGUGCCCAUUAUUGGCGAGUUCAGUCUCAACCCAGGCCCGUUCUCCAUCAAGGAGCAUCUCCUCAUCGCGGUGCUUGUCACAUCGGGCGCAACGAGUGCCUACGCGUCCGACAUUAUCAACAUACAGGAGCUCUUUUUCAAACAGCAUAUGAGCACCGCCUCGUCGCUUGUCCUGCUCCUCACCACUCAGACUCUUGGCUUUGGCUUCGCGGGCAUCGUGCACAACAUCCUUGUCAAGCCAGUCGCGAUGAUAUACCCCAGCAGCCUGGUCACGACCAGCUUGUUUCACACAUUGCAUGGGCAGGGGUCGAAGUUGACGACCGUCCGACUCCGAUUCUUCAUCAUCAUUUUCGUUGCAAUCUUCAUCUACCAAUUCAUUCCGACACUCAUCAUCCCCUCUCUCUCAAGCAUUGCUCUUCUCUGCUUGGUUGACAACAGAAAUCCGACAUUCCGAGUGCUCUCGAGUGGUUACAAAGGGUUUGGACUGCUCAAUUUUAGCCUCGACUGGAAUGCGAUCGGAACUAGCGGCCCGCUCUUUCAACCUUGGGCCGCAUGCAAUUUUUACGCAGGAAUUGCAGGAAUGAUGUACAUCGUCACGCCUAUCCUCUACUUUUUCAACUUCUGGGACGCGAAGCGGUUCCCGUCACCCGUCGGCCCUGAUUUGUUCAACUCAACGUUCCAUAAGUUCGAAGUCAACACCAUUUUGACUUCAGACAAUUCGCUUGACCCUGCAAAAUGGUUGGCGGCAAAGCCACUCCUCUUGACACCCUUCUUCGCUUUGACUUACGGGCUGAGUUUUGCAAUUUUGACAUCGAUGAUCACACACGUUUACCUGUGGCAUAGCAAGGACAUCAAGCGUGCUCUCUUUUAUCCGCAUUACGACGAUGCCCACAAUCGCCUCAUGAUGGCCUACCACAAUGUGCCCACAUCGUGGUACCUCACCGUCCUAGGACUUUCGAUGACGGGCUCCAUCUGGCUAGUCGCCACCCAUGAUGAAUUGCAGCUUCCAAUCUGGGGUUUGCUGCUCGCCACCUGCAUCGGAUUCGCCUUCCUCGUACCCGUCGGUGUGCUCAAGGCUGUUAGCGACACAUCGAUAGGUCUCAAUGUCAUCACUGAGUUUGUCGCUGGCUUUUUCAUUCCAGGGAAGCCGAUUGCGAACGUCCUCUUCAAAGCACAGGGUUACUUAAGCAUGUCCCAAGCAUUGGAUCUCGUCAGCGAUCUCAAGCUUGCGCACUACAUGAAAAUCCCGCCGAAGCACAUGUUCAUCACCCAGAUUUUGGGAACAGUCAUUGGUUGCUGCGUGAAUUUAAUCGUGGUUAACAUCGUCCUCUCCCCGAAAAGCGGAUAUCGAGCUUUCUUGGACGGGUCAAAAGUUGACCCGACCGGUCAGUGGGAUGGGCGAAAGGUGCACAUCUUCUACUCGGCAAGUGUGAUUUGGGGCGUCGUAGGGCCAGCACAAUUCUUUACCGGGAAAUAUUCGAUUUUGUAUUGGGGUUUCCUUGCAGGUCUGGUUCUGCCCAUCAUCCCCUGGCUGCUCCACAAGCGCUGGGGCCGUAAGCUGCCAUUUCGUCGGGUGGCCUUUCCCAUUCUUCUUCACGCAGCGGCUGGCCCACCACAGAUUCCGACCAACAUCAUUACGUCCGGCUUCAUUGCAGCAUGGCUGUCCCAAAAAUACGCGCGUGAGAAACACCCAAGGUGGUUCGAGCGCUUCAACUACGUCUUGAGUGCAGCGCUGGACGCUGGAUCAAGCAUCAAUGCCUUGUGCUGCUUCCUGCUCUCCAUCACUGUCCUGAAAAUGUUUGCAAUGCCGCAUUGGGCAGGCAACCCUGUCCGCGACAGCGAGCACUGCACACCAGCGAACUGAAUGCAGGAAGACAUUCCCAGUAGCAAGAUACAAUGCCUCUUUGCCAGACAUGCAUAUAUCAUCAUAGACGCAAAACAGUAGUGUAAGCCUUUCGUAUUUGAUAUAGAGAGGCCCUUAUCGCGUAAA